UGAGACGACGGCGGUGAUGCUUGGCUGGCGGAGCUGUCAGUUGGACGAAGGAGGCGGGACGGAGAGUGAGGAACGGAGAGGCCGGGGUUUGUUGUCAUCCCAAGAUGGAGUUUCUGCUGGGGAACCCCUUCAGCACCCCGGUGGGGCAGAACCUGGAAAAGGCCACGGAUGGCUCCCUCCAGAGCGAAGACUGGACCCUGAACAUGGAAAUAUGUGACAUCAUCAAUGAGACAGAAGAAGGCCCGAAGGAUGCCAUCCGAGCGCUUAAGAAGAGGUUGAAUGGAAACAAAAACUACAGAGAAGUGAUGCUAGCUUUAACGGUCCUGGAGACCUGCGUGAAGAACUGCGGCCACCGCUUCCACGUCCUCGUCGCCAGCCGCGACUUCAUCGAUGGCGUCCUUGUCAAAAUCAUCUCCCCCAAGAACAACCCUCCGACCAUCGUCCAGGACAAAGUACUCGCACUCAUACAGGCUUGGGCCGACGCGUUCAGGAGCAGCCCCGACUUGACCGGAGUCGUUCACAUCUACGAAGAGCUCAAAAGGAAAGGAGUGGAGUUUCCCAUGGCGGAUCUCGACGCUUUGUCCCCCAUCCACACCCCGCAGAGAAGCGUUCCCGAAGUCGACCCAGCCACCAACAUGAACCGGUCCCAGUCCCAUCAGAGGGUGGGCUCCGGUUCCUUCUCUCCCUCCCCGACGGCUUUCUCAGCGCCACAGGCUCCGGCUUUGAACGUCGCCAGCCCCAUCACUGCAAACACAGAGCAGAUCGCACGGCUCCGCAGCGAACUGGACGUGGUGCGUGGGAACACGAAAGUCAUGUCGGAGAUGCUCACGGAAAUGGUCCCGGGGCAGGAAGACUCAUCGGACCUUGAACUGCUGCAGGAGCUGAACCGGACUUGUCGAGCCAUGCAGCAGCGGAUUGUGGAACUGAUCUCCCGCGUGUCCAAUGAGGAAGUCACAGAAGAGCUGCUCCACGUAAACGACGACUUGAACAACGUCUUCCUCCGAUACGAGAGGUUUGAACGGUAUCGGUUGGGGCGGUCUACACAGAACGCCAGCAACGGGGUUCUCAGCGAGGUGACCGAAGACAACUUGAUAGACCUGGGGCCCGGCUCUCCUGCGGUGGUCAGCCCCAUGGUUGGGAAUACAGCUCCUGCCGCCACGCUUUCUUCCCAACUGGCUGGAAUCGAUUUGGGUGCAAACAGUGUUAGCGGGACGCUCAGCUCCCUCCCGCAGCCCAAUCCCCGUGACGACUUUGACAUGUUUGCACAGACGAGGGGUGGCGGCACCUUAGCAGAUCAACGCAAGACGGUGACCUAUGAAGAUCCCAAGGCCGUCAAAGGUCUGGCGUCUGCCUUGGAUGUCCGGAAACAGACUACGGCAGGGAGGAGAGGUAAAGGUGGGAGCUCAGACAUGGAGCCCAUAGACAAGUGGCUAAUGACCCAAGGAAUGAUUCCAGUCGCGCAAUCCUCUGUCAUGGAUGACAUUGAGGAGUGGCUCAGUACCGACGUGAAAGGCGACGAGCUGGAAGAAGGGGUGACGAGCGAAGAGUUUGACAAGUUUUUGGAGGAGCGGGCCAAGGCUGCCGAAAGGGUCCCCGACUUGCCCUCGCCGCCCCAGGAGGAGCCCGCGGCCCCCGCCAUGAACCCCAACAAGAAGAAACCCGAACGUUCGGAAGACGCCCUCUUUGCCCUGUGAGGAUGCAAGGCAAACACUCCUUCGCCCCGUUCGCCUUCGUGGCAAACUCCCCGGUCUCCCAGGUGCCCAAAUAAGCUAACUUUUUGUACGAGACCGACGUCUCGGUCCGGUUUCGUCCCUCCUGCGGCCGCUUCCCAUCCCUCGCCUCCAGGUCAACGAAUAUCGGGGUUUUCCUUGGUCCUUUCCUUGGUUUUCUUUGAGAUGCAUGAGUGCUAUUAUUGCCUCCUAAAUACUUGUCACUAGAUUCGGAGUGGAUUUUUGGAGUUUUACGUUGUGGUGCCUCUCGGGAGCCGAUCCGAAGCACACAGAUUUUCCCAAUACUAUUUUCCCAAUUUCCACCACAAAAAAACUGCAUUGCACAUCUCACCUACUAUUUUAAAUCAAGGUUCCCUUUGCCGUUCUCAUUCAUACGCUUCGGCUCAAAGUUGUCCAGUUUGGAGGAAAGGCAGUUUUUUUUAUAACUGUGUUGUUGAAGGCUUUCAUGGCCAGAAUCACAGGGUUGUUGUGUGUUUUCUGGGCUGUAUGGCCAUGUUCCAGAAGCAUUCUCUCCUGACGUUUCACCCACAUCUAUAUGGCAGAGGUUGCGAGGUAUAUCCAGCUCCCUCAUAGGAAUUCAUGGCUUGCAGACCCUUGAACAAUACACCUCACAACCUCUGAGGAUGCCUGCCAUAGAUGUGGGCAAAACGUCAGGAGAGAAUGCUUCUGGAACAUAGCCAUACAGCCCAGAAAACACACAACAACUCUAUUAUUAUUUGCCAGUUUUGCCAAAUGUUGAAAUGGCUUGAUUGGUUUACCGAUAAGAUGACCAUAUGAGCAUCAGUUUCGGAGCGGAUUCUCCAAUCUGUAUUCGUUGAGUCUUAGCAAACGCACCACUUUCGCCUCCUGGGUUCCAUGCGGAGAGAUUCUGGGAGUUGUAGUUCGCCUUCUUGAGAAAACUACAACUCCCAAGACUCCAGAUAGCACUGAGAAAUUGAGGAGGUAUCAAACUGCAUCAGUUCUACAGUGUAGGUGCAAUGCAUUGCAUCGGAAACACUUGGAAUCGAUAUUUUCGGACUACAACUCCCAAAAUUGGAGAGAAUCCCGGCAUGGGUCAUUAAAAUAAUACUAAUAAUUCCCCAGGUAAUGUAGCGUGGGAAUCUAUAUAAUGUUAAAAAAUACUGUUUUUGUAGUAAGAAGGGUUAAUGGCACUAAAUUAAGGCACUAAUGAGACUUUUUCCGUUGUGUGGUUUGCAAGCGUCGGGUCGCAUUGGGUUCCCGAGCUCUAAGGGAAAUCUGUUUUUUUCUUCUUCCUUUUGCUUCCUUUUAAUGCCUCGGUCCAAAUCGGGGCAGAAAACAUUGAAUUCUUUAUAGAUUCCGUACUAUAUUAACAAGUCCAUCUUCCACCUUUUCUUUCCUGAUCUUUUUAUCGGCUGCAAUGGCGAAAUCUGUUACAAAUCCUGACUGUUUGCACUACUUUCUGAGCGAAAAGAGGAAAAAUGAGCGCAUUGAAUUCAAGCCAAUUCACUUGGAAAGAGAAGGAAGCCCUGCCUUGUCUUUCCAGGGCGUUGGACUACAACUCCCAUCAUGUGCUUUUAGUCCAAACUAUAUCCUGGUUCAAGGAAGAUGCUCAUGGUUUGCAAUUUUCCUCAUUUUGGGAGGAAAAAAAUACUUUAUAGUUGUGAAUUACAACUUCCAACAGGAAUGCUGGGAGUUGUAGUCCAACCACAUUAAAAAGGGCCCCAAUUGAUUCAGAGGUCGAUUUUUAGUUCCUGAUAUUACAAAUCUUAUGUAUUUCAAUCUGAAAAUAUCUUGGGUUGUUGUGAGUUUUCCGGGCUGUCUGGCCAUGUUCCAGUAGCAUUCUCUCCUGAAGUUUCAUGCUUCUGGAACAAGGCCAUACAGCCCGGAAAACUCACAGCGACCCAUUAAUUUAAUUUAUUUUUAAAAACUCCUAGCUAAAACUGCCCAUUUCCCAAAUUUAAUUUUUAUUGUAAUGUAAUGUAAACUUUUAUUACGGUCAAUGACCAGCUCAUAAUAUUUAUUGAAUUUUUUUAAAUACAGUUUUAGUCCAACCUAUAUCCUGGUUCAAGGAAGAUGCUCAUGAUUUGCAAUUUUCCUCAUUUUUGACGGAAAAAAAUAUGUUUUCGUUGUGAAUUACAACUUCCAACAGGUAGGCCUUUAGCCAGGAAUGCUGGGAGUUGUAGUCCAACCACAUUAAAAAAGGCCCCAAUUGAUUCAGGGGUCGAUUUUUAGUUCCUGAUAUUUUCAAUCUGAAAAUAUCUUGGGUUGCUGUGAGUUUUCCGGGCUGUCUGACCAUGCUCCAGUAGCAUUCUCUCCUGACGUUUCAUGCUCCUGGAACAAGGCCAUACAGCCCGGAAAACUCACAGCAACCCAUUAAUUUAAAUUACUUUUUAAAAACUCCUAGCUAAAACUACCCACUUCCCAAAUUUAAUUUUUAUUGUAAUGUAAUGUAAACUUUUAUUACGGUCAAUGACCAGCUCAUAAUAUUUAUUGAGUUUUUUAAAAAUACAGCUUCAAUCCCUUGAUGGUUUUUCUAGAUGAGGGUGAACUACAAAUCCCAGCAUUCCUUACCGCUGACUGUGGUUCGGAGUCCGAAAUAAAGUGAAGUUUUAUGAACAAGAGAGAGAGAGAGAGGAAAAAUUGCAAAAACCAGGCACGGCUUUCAUGAACCAGGAAUUGAAAAAAAAAAGCUCAUUAUGGGAGUUGUAGUCCUCCGAUGGGACUUAUAGUUCUCUAAUGGAUAUCUGUAUUGGACGUAUAGUUCUCUAAUGGCUCUCUUGGGUAUUAUGGUACUUAAAACCAUUUGCUGGCAUUCCUAACCCAUUAAAAAAAGCAAACACUCCUAUAGAAUAUCUUAUUUUAAAUAUAUAUACUGUAUGUAUACAUAUUAAAACAUCAAAAUAUGUUCUGCUGUUACAUCCCCUCGAACCUGCGUCCUAGAAUAUCCCUCUGUAUAUUUAAGUGCGAAGUGGAGAAUAUUUAUUUCCUGAACAUGUGUGUUUUUUGGGGUGCCGGGAAAGGGAAUUAACUUCUUUUUUAAUGUAAAGACAGCUCUGUAUAAAUAAUAAUAAUAAUAAUAAUAAUAAUAAUAAUAAUAAUAAUAAUAAUAAUAAUUGUUCAAUGCCUUCACAACUCUCCCAGGUUGCUAUCUCUCUCUUUUACGUAGAUGUUCUUCAAUGUACGAAGCAAAAUAAGUCCCUCUUGGUGUGUGGUUUUCCCCUUUUUAUUAUGUGUUAACAGACCUUGCCGUCGUUUUAACUCUUCAUCCUUUCAUCCUGUGCGUCUUUCUCUGUAUGUUUUUUCUUCUGUUCUUGCAUGUGGAAAUAAAAACACACCAUAAGAAUAUUCCAAUAAUAAAAGAAGCGUUAGUUGCAAACUGUCAAAA